ACAGUUCUGAGGUGAAGACGGAGGACGAGCUGCGGGUGCGGUAUCUGGAGGAGGAGAACCGAGGAAUUGUGGUGCUUGGAAUAAACAGAGCUUAUGCCAAAAAUUCAUUCAGUAAAAAUCUUGUAAAAAUGCUCUCAAAAGCUGUGGAUGCUUUAAAAUCUGAUAAGAAAGUGCGGACCAUAAUAGUCAGGAGUGAAGUCCCAGGGAUAUUCUGUGCUGGUGCUGACCUUAAGGAAAGAGUCAAAAUGAAUUCCAGUGAAGUUGGUCCUUUUGUCUCCAAAAUAAGAGCAGUGAUUAAUGAAAUCGCCAAUCUUCCAGUGCCAACAAUUGCAGCAAUAGAUGGGCUCGCUCUAGGUGGUGGUCUUGAACUGGCCUUAGCGUGUGAUAUAAGAGUAGCAGCUUCCUCUGCAAAAAUGGGCCUGGUUGAAACAAAGUUGGCAAUUAUUCCUGGUGGAGGGGGGACGCAGCGGCUGCCACGCACCAUUGGAAUGUCCCUGGCCAAAGAGCUCAUCUUCUCUGCACGUGUGCUCGAUGGCCAAGAAGCCAAAGCAGUGGGCUUGAUCAGCCACGUUCUAGAACAGAACCAAGAGGGGGACGCUGCCUACAGAAAAGCCUUGGACCUAGCAAGAGAGUUUUUACCUCAGGGACCUGUUGCAAUGAGAGUGGCAAAAUUAGCAAUUAAUCAAGGGAUGGAGGUCGAUUUAGUAACGGGGUUAGCCAUAGAAGAAGCUUGUUAUGCUCAGACUAUUCCAACAAAAGACAGACUGGAAGGUCUUCUUGCUUUUAAAGAGAAGAGGUCUCCUCGCUAUAAAGGAGAGUAGGGGCAGCUCUUUGACAUGCACGUGUAGUAAACGCACUUCUGGAGGCACCUUUCAGAUCCACGUGUGCCUCAGCACCUGGAACCCCAACGACCAAAGUGAAGAGUUACCCGUGUGGUGAAGGAGGCCCCUGGAGUGGCCCCAUAUGUGUUAUUUGUUCAAAUGUGUGUCAUGUCGUAUCCAUUCAUAUUUAUAAGCUGGUAGUGUAUAUAUACUGUCAGCAACUCAGAUUCAAAAUUAGGGAUGCAUUUUUAAAUAUUUCCUGCAUAUGAGGCUUUCUGUUCCUAGUUUUUUAAUGUGAAUUAUUUAUAUAUUGCACAUCCUAGGAAAUAAUAUUGAUUGUAUGUCUACUGAGCUGCAAUAUGAAAAUAAAAUUAUUUCUAUAUACCAAAAAAUGUGAAAUUAUACCAAAUAAAGUUUCCAAGGGAUUAUACACACAUGUGCACACACAUGCAUCUUAAACUGAAAAAGAAAUUGAUAGAUAUUCUGAGUGAAGAUGACCAAAUAUAAAUAAAAUCAGUGAAAAGAAAACUUG